AUGGUUGAUGAUAUUGCCCUCGAAGCACCGAUACGUUUAGAAGAAGCUCGUUUUAAUUUCGAAGACCAAAACGAUGAUGCUCGUGUACGUUCUCAUGUUCGGGAUAUAUUCGUAAGAAGUAUUUCGCCCAUUGAUCAUCAGCAACGUCGAUCACCAUUUGAUACAGUUACUAGUACAAUAGCAAGUACAACUCGAACAUCAUCAUCAACAACAAACGACCGACGAAUAAUCGAUAUGCAGAGUCCAUCGCAAUUAGUCGAUGAAAAUCGUUAUUUGAAUGAUGAACUCAAUCGUGUCGAAACAGCAUUAAAUUCAACUCGAGCAGAAAAGGAUGAACUUAGUAUACGCUAUAACGCUUUAUCAGAUCGGCUUGAGCAGUCAUUGCGAGCUCAAGGAGCCGAUAUUACCGACAAUGAACCGGAAAGGCGUAUAGUAGUGCAACAAAAUAUUGAUUUGCGACGAAAACUAGAAGAAGAACAUCAAAAUUAUAAAAGAAAAUUACAAACAUAUCAGGAUAGUCAACAAAAACAAGCACAACUCGUUCAAAAACUACAACAAAAAGGAAGCUAUCGUGAUAGUGCUUCUACAACAGAUGAAAUACGUGUACUUACAUAUGAAAAUAGAUUGAGAAAUAGUGAAGAGCAAGAUAUUGCGUCUAUUACAUUAGAAGAGGAAAAACACAAAUCAACAAGUUUGGGACAAGUAAAUACAAUGUUACGUGAACAACUUGAUCAUGCUAAUGCUGCUAAUCAACAACUAACCAAUGAAUUGCAUCGUAUCACAGCCGAGUUUCAACGUGUUCGAGACGAACUUAAUCACAAAGCUCGUGAUUGGCAAGAGGAAGAAUGUAUGUUCAACGAAUACUACAACAAAGAACACAAUUUAAUUUAUGAAUUAUGGCGUGAGGUUGUAUCGUUUCGAAAACAAUUUACAGAAUUAAAAGGUUCAACCGAACGUGAUUUAACUCGUGUACGCAAUGAUUUGGCUCAAACUGGCCGAUCAUUAACAAGUGCUUGUUUUGGUUUUUUAACAAAUACGAAAUCAGUUGAAUCUCAUGGACAGAUAUUAUUGGAUCGAGAGCGAGGAGAUAAAGCGAGUUUAGAGGGACAAAUCAGAGACAAAACUCGAGAAAUAGAUGACUUACAAAAUCGUGCACAAGAAUUAACGUUGUUAAAUGAAAAACUGCGUAUUCAAUUAACAGAAAAAGAAAGUACGAUUGCCACACUAACACGUGUUGCACAAUCAGUAUCGGUAAGAAUUGUAUGAUAAUGAAACGUUUAAUUUUAGUUCACUUUACAGAUGCAUCCAUACAGAGGGAAUUAAACAAAUGUUUUCUUUUUGUUGACAAUGAUCUUAGACCAAUAAUUUUAUCAUCUCGGUGAUCGUAUUUCUCCUCUAAUGAAGCAUAUGCUUCAAAAGUAACUGGAUAAAUCUCGAACAUUAUUAUUCUGUCUUUUCAUGAAGCUAUCAUUUCACCGAUAAAACAAAUUAAAGUUUGUUUAGAGUUAAAGAAAAGUGCUUUUUCGUAUUCAGCACACUUGAUAACCUGGAAAAUUUUCUAUUUUUAGCGAGGGGUACCGCCAAAAAGUUAAGAAAAAUUUUCAAACAAAUUGAUGCAGAAAACUCCCGGUGGUAAAAUUAUACAAUUUUGAAAAUUUUUCUUAACUUUUUGGCGGUACCCCUUGCUAAAAAUAGAAAAUUUUCCAGGUUAUCAAGUGUGCUGAAUACGAAAAAGCACUUUUCUUUAACUCUAAAUGAACUUUAAUUUUUUGUCGGUG